CCCUGAAGUUUGAAACGAGAUCGCAGCAACAAACAAUGGCAAGCUCUUCUUCCUCUGCUCCUUUUAUAAACGUUUGUGAUAAAGAACUAAACAUCAAUGACUUUCAUGAUAUUUAUGAGAAAAUUGAGCAGCUUUCACCUCGCUGGAGGCAUAUUGCAAUUUCCUGGUGUAUCAGGAUAGAUACUAUCAACAAAAUAGAGUCAGAUCAUCGUGGAGAUACUGAGACGUGCCUGCAGAAAGUUCUAGAGUAUUGGUUAAAAAAAGAUUAUAAUUAUGCAUCUCAUGGUGUUCCUUGUUGGAGAAUGCUGUGUGUAGCUGUUAAAAAAGGAGGAGGAAAUUCGUCGUUAGCUGAUGAAAUAGCUCGUGAACACCCUCUACCGGCUACUACUGGAGGAGCUACUCCUUAUUCUACGGAUGGUCCUGCUAAUGUUAUUCAUGAUAAAGGAAUGUCACCUCAUUCUUCCAGCUCAACAGGAAGGCCAAAGGAUAUCUCUCCUUUUGGAGAAGCAAUGUCACCAGGAAGUGGAACAUCAAAUAAUUCAGGAGAAACGUUUGCAGCAUAUGCUGAUUGUCAUGAAAAAAAUUACCCCCUAUCAAAAAAGAUACAUGAGCUACGGGAUGAGUUUGCUGAUGCACUACAACUGACAAUGGAAUCCUUCCUGAAUGAGCCAGCAGCACUUGUUCCUAAAAUCAUUGACUAUCUUAGGAGACGUGUUCAUACUUUGUUGGGUCCUAUCAGGUCUAAUAAUCCAGCUGCAGCACAAGCAGUUAGAGAAGAGUUCAAUGACAUUAAAACAAUGACAGAUCUUUUCUCAACCUUAGAGUACAAGUAUGUAUCAUGGUUCAACUAUGAAUUGAUAGCAAGACUAGUUCACGUGUUCCUGAGUGACAAUCGUACAUUAAAGAGAACCUGGUUGUCAUAUAAAGAGAAGUUAAAGGAUUAUUUUAUAAACAGUGGUGGACUAUUGAAAGAUGUUGAUGCUGUACAGUUUGGUAUAACAGAUGUUCCUCCUGGUACACGAGUAAUGAUUGCUAAAGUUGAGCGUAAUGACUACACACUGGAUGACCUUUUUUUCUUUCGUAAUGCAAUACCAAAAGGAUGUGACAUUCCUCAUUAUAAUUUUUACUUUCUUCGAGUUCGUCCUGGUUCUGUCAUCUUAGAAUACCUCAUUCCUGACUAUCUUUAUUCUUUAUUAUUUCCUCUAACUACAAAGCUUAAGCAACAGUUAGCUAGUAUUGGUAUCACUGAACUAACAUGUGGUAAAUAUAAAUACAACUUAAAAGAGUUCUUAAUAGAAGAGGUUAAGCACUCAUCUACUGAUAUUGACAUAUGUGAUCCAUUAUGGUAUGAGAAUACCAGUACACCAUUACAUGAAGCAGCUUGGAGAGGAUUAAAAGAUGAAGUACAAUGGCUUCUUGAUAAGUUUGAUCACAGUAACUAUCACCAUGAUCUUCAUGGUUGGACCCCAUUACACUCUGCAUCAUAUGGUGGACACAUUGAGAUCCUCCAACUACUCAUUCGUCAAUAUGGUAUUGAUCCUAAUGAAGGUGAUGAUAAUAGUGUAUCUAGUAUACAUAUGGCAUCUUAUAAAGGCCACUUAUCUAUAGUACAAUAUCUAGUAGACACAUGUCACAUUCCUCCUGAUCAAACAGACAGUAGCAAUAAUACUGCAUUACUGUACUCAGCAAUGGGUGGCCAUUCUGACGUAGUGGAAUUCUUCAUUGAGAGAAACUGUAAUGUUUCUCAGAUUAAUAGCAUAAGUGCUUCAUUAUCAUUGUUAGCUUGUGUAAGUGGAGAGUUAGCAUUAGUCCACAAGCUUGAAUCAUUAAACCUCUUCUCACCAAAUGACAUAACAAAUUCAGGGGCUGGUAUACUACAUUAUACUUGUUAUUCUAUGAAUAAUAAAAGUAUUGAGCUUUUUAAGUAUCUUUUAAAUCAAUAUCAAUUAUCUGCCAUUGAUGUAAAAGAUCCUAAAUAUGACAGGACUCCACUUCAUAUUGCUUCAUGGUUUGCUUCAUCAUCAGUUGUUGAGUAUAUUGUUAGUAUUCAAGGUAAUGAAGCAUUAUUAGUUAAUGAUAAUUAUGGUAGGUCAUGUUUACAUCAUGCAUGUGAUGCAGCUAUACAUAUUCCAGCUGGUAUUGUGUAUAGUAAGCUUAUGGCACCAAGUGAUGCAUCAGCUAUUGAUAUUAUUAAUAAUACUAAAAUAAAAACAAAUAUUGAUUUUAUCAAACAAAAUGAAAGAGUUAAAAUCUUUUCUUCACUUCUCAAAAAAGCUAGCACUUGCCCUAACUUUGACAUCAAUGCCACAACAAAUCAUGGUAUGUCUUUACUUCAUUAUGCAUCAUGGAGUCGCAGUACAUUACUAAUGAAAGCAUUAGAAGAAUAUAGUAUCAAUUGUACAUUAGAUAAUUAUGAUGGUAUGUCUCCAGUACAUUAUGCUGCCUGGUCAGGUUCUACUAGUGUAUUAAGUUAUAUCAUAUCUCAGUAUAAUCUCAAUGCUAAUGAUACUGAUUAUACUUAUGGUCACAGACUAUUAGCCUACUCCUGCUGGUCAGGUAGUAUUAAUUCUGUUAAAUAUCUUAUUAAUAAUCAUAACAGUGAUCCUAAUAUCACUGAUAAUGAUGGUAUGACAAGUCUUCAU